AUGGAUAGUCCUACCUCCAAGAGUUGGUCUGAUGGCCUCUUGUCGUCCCUUUCCAUGAUUCUCGUCAGCGAAAUAGGCGACAAGACGUUCUUCAUUGCGUGCCUCAUGGCCAUGCGGCACCCGAAGUUGCUAGUCUUCUGCGGCGCCGCCUCCGCGCUGGCCGCCAUGACGGUCCUGUCGGCGCUGAUGGGCCUCGUGGUUCCCAACGUGCUGUCGGUGCGACUGACGGAGAUAAUGGCCAUCGGGCUGUUUUUCUUCUUCGGAGGCAAGAUCCUAUAUGAUGAGCUCCUCAAGCGCAACAGCAACGAGCAGGAUAGCGAGGAUGAGAUGACAGAGGCUGCCGCGGUCCUUCGCAAGAAGGAUCCCAACGAUGCGCUGGAGACCGGUAGCAACUUGUCAGUUGGCAGCGGCUCGGCCUACCGCCGCUGGCCAGUGCUGCAUCCCAUUAUGAUCGAGGCCUUUGCACUGACGUUUGUUGCGGAGUGGGGCGACCGCAGCCAGCUGGCGACCAUUGCGCUUGCAGCGGCAAAGAACCCUUACGCCGUCACGCUUGGUGGCGUGUUCGGUCACCUUAUCUGCACCGGCGGCGCCGUGCUCUUUGGUAACAUGAUCGCCCAGCAUGUUUCUAUGAAGACGGUGAAUGUUGUGGGUGGAUUGCUAUUUAUUGUGUUUGCGUUUGGUACAUUGUAUGAGCUCCUCACACAGUCGCAUCACAUUGACACACUGGAGCGACAGAAGCACCAAUAG